UCAGCUUGUAUUCAUUCUACUAGCAGCUUCUAGCCAGCAAUACUUUCCUUAAAGAUAAAAGUAAAAACUAGCAAUACUUGGUUGGCAUUGUGAGAUGGAGAUAAACAUAAUUGAUGCAAAAACAGGGGAGAUUGAUGAUGAGAUGAAAUAUGUUCAUGAUUCUUCAUUAGAUUAUAAAGGAAGAAUUCCUCUUCGAUCCUCAACUGGUUCUUGGAAAGCAGCUUUCUUCAUUAUAGGGAUUGAGUUUAGUGAGAGGUUAAGCUACUUUGGAAUAGCAACUAGCUUAAUCAUUUAUCUCACAAAGAUUAUGCAUCAAGACCUUAAGACAGCUGUUAAGAAUGUGAACUAUUGGUCUGGAGUCACCACUUUGAUGCCACUCUUUGGAGGAUUCAUAGCUGAUUCAUACUUGGGUCGCUACAACACUGUCAUUGCAUCAUGCAUUAUUUAUCUCAUGGGUUUGAUUCUACUUACUUUGUCAUGGUUCUUACCAAGCUUAAGGCCAUGUGAACAUGCAAAUAUGUGCAUUGAACCAAGGAAGAUACAUGAGGUGUUCUUCUUCCUAGCCAUAUAUUUAAUAUCUAUAGGAACUGGAGGACAUAAACCUUCUUUGGAGAGUUUUGGAGCCGAUCAAUUUGAUGAUGAUCAUGUUGAAGAAAGAAUGCAAAAAAUGUCUUUUUUCAAUUGGUGGAAUUUUGGUCUUUGUAGUGGACUUAUUCUUGGAGUAACCGUCGUUGUUUAUGUACAAGAUCAUGUGAAUUGGGGAGUUGCUGAUAUCAUUGUUAUUUGUGUCAUGGCUUUCUCAUUUCUUAUAUUUUUGAUAGGAAGGAAAUUUUAUAGAUAUAGGAAACCAAGUAAGAGCCCUUUUAUUCCAAUGAUGCAAGUUCUUAUUGCUGCAAUUUCCAAAAGAAAACUUCCAUAUCCUUCUAAUCCAACUCAAUUGUAUGAAGUUUCUACGUCUGAGGGUAACAAUGGAAAACUCUUGGCUCACACCAACCAACUCAAAUUUUUUGACAAGGCAGCAAUUGUUGAAAAUGAAGGAAACUUGACAAAAGAACAAAGUCCUUGGAAACUUGCAACAGUGACUAGAGUUGAAGAGCUGAAACUUAUUGUCAACAUGCUUCCCAUUUGGAUACUUACUUUACCAUUUGGAGUUUGUGCUUCACUACCAGGCACUUUCUUUAUCAAACAAAGUAAUAUAAUGGAUAGAAAGAUAGCAAAUGGUUUUGAGAUUCCAGCAUCUUCAACUUAUGCUAUUGCUGCUAUUAGUAUGAUGAUUUCUAUAGCCCUUUAUGAUAAAAUCUUUGUACCAAUUUUAAGAAGGAUAACUGGAAAUGAAAGAGGGAUGAGCAUCCUUCAAAGGAUUGGUUUUGGAAUGCUUUUCUCAAUUGUUACAAUGAUAGUAGCUGCUUUUGUAGAAAGAAAAAGGCUUCACGUUGUUGAGAUGAAUCCAUCAAAAGGGUCACUUUCAAUGAGUGUUUUUUGGAUUGUUCCACAAUUUCUAAUUAUUGGUUUUGGUGAUGGAUUCACUCUUGUUGGUUUGCAAGAAUAUUUCUAUGACCAAGUUCCUGACUCAAUGAGAAGCUUGGGAAUAGGACUUUACCUUAGUGUGAUUGGAGCUUCAAGUUUUCUAAGUAAUUUAUUGAUAACAAUUGUUGAUCAUGUGACAAGUAAAAGUGGGAAAAGUUGGUUUGGUAAGGAUUUGAAUACUAGUAGAUUGGACAAAUUUUAUUGGUUAUUAGCAAUUAUAGCUACAGUGAAUGUGGUCAUUUUUACCUUAUUUGCUCAAAAGUAUACUUAUAAGAAUGUUAAAGGAUGAUUAUUGUGAAGGGAAAAGUAAUGAUGGUGGAGCAAAAGGAAUGGUUUAAAUUACUUCUUAAUUUAGUUAUACAUUACUUGAAGACUAAAGUUUUAUGUAAUGGAUUAAAUUAUAUGUUUUCAUGUACUAGAAAGUCAUACAAUUUAUACAUUUGA